AUGGGAUCGAUGGUAAAGAGGAACAAAGCUCGGCAACCGCCUACCAACUUAGAGAACGCAAAGGUGGGAAACACCCACCGUCAACUCACGGCGGAUAAAGAGACGGGUGUCGAGCGACUCCUCAACCCGGAGGCAGCCUGUGCUAUUCACACCAGCAAGACGAGCAGACAGGAGCAAGAAGACUGGCAAGCAUGCUCGUGCGUGCCGAUCGCUCACCGCAUGACCGCGCCGGAGCAAGACGUUGCAUAUCCACAGCAGAUUGCUAUUGCACCCUUCGACUCUCUUAUCAAACAUGGCGAAUGCGGGAAAGAACCUCUUGGGUCCGCGGUCCGCAGUCCGCAGUCCGCAGGCAGUCAUAACGCCAUGGUGUCGAGGAGUGUCCGUGUUUGUGUCUGUGUCUCCGGGCUCGGUGUUGUGUCUAUGGCACUGAUUCGGCCCGCACGAAACGCCCAUGCUGACAUUGGCUUGCAGCAAAAACAGAACCACUCAGAGUCGGCUGAAAUUGAGAUUGUCUCAACGACACACGCCUGCACCAAGCCAUGCUGGCGGCUUCCCAAAUCACUGUUUAGCCGGCGAGAUAUCGGCGUGCCACCCAAACAGCUCGCAAGGGGCAUGGGAGGAUCAGCAGCAUCAAAAGGUGGUGCGCCCUUGUUGGUUCCUUCGACAGAGUGCUAG